AUGGCUGAUGCCUUUGUAUCAUUUGCAGUACAAAAAUUGGGUGAUUUCCUCAUACACGAAGUUUCUCUGCGUAAAAGUCUCAGAGAUGAAAUCAGAUGGCUGAGAAAUGAGCUACUCUUCAUGCAGUCAUUCCUAAUAGAUGCAGAACAAAAACAAAGUGGAGAUCAAAGAAUUCAACAAUGGGUGUUUGAGAUCAACUCUAUUGCUAAUGACGCUGUUGCUAUACUCGAGACUUACAACUUUGAGGCUGGUAAAGGUGCUAGUCGUCUCAAGGUUUGCGCUUGCAUCUGUUGGAAGGAAAAGAAAUACUACAGUGUCGCCAAGGAGAUUCAAUCACUCAAGCAACAAAUCAUUGAUAUCUCUCGCAAACGAGAGACAUAUGGUAUUACAAAUAUCAAUAAUAAUAAUGCAGGAGAAGGUACAAGUAAUCAGGUUACAACAUUGAGGAGAACUACCUCAUAUGUGGAUGACCAGGAUUACACUUUUGUUGGCUUUCAGGAUGCUGUACAAACAUUGCUAGCUCAACUUCUCAAAUCAGAGCCUCGUAGAAAGGUCGUCUCCAUUUAUGGAAAGGGCGGAUUGGGCAAGACUAAUCUUGCGAGAAAACUCUACACCAGUCCUAAUAUAGCCUCUAGCUUCCCUACACGCGCCUGGAUAUGUGUUUCUCAAGACUACAACACAAUGGAUCUUCUUAAGACUAUCAUAAAAUCCAUCCAAGGUUGCACCAACGAAACUCUAAAUUUGUUGGAAAGGAUGACAGAAGGAGAUCUAGAAAUUUAUCUUCGUGAUCUAUUAAAAGAACGCAAAUACCUUGUGGUGGUUGAUGAUGUAUGGCAGUAUGAAGCAUGGGAGAGUUUGAAAAGAGCAUUCCCGGAUAGCAAGAAUGGUAGCAGAGUCAUUAUUACCACGCGCAAAGAGAAUGUUGCUGAAAGAGCAGACGACAGAGGUUUUGUUCAUAAACUUCGUUUCCUAAGUCAAGAAGAAAGUUGGGAUCUCUUUCGUAGGAAACUACUUGAUGUUCGAGCAAUGGUUCCAGAAAUGGAAAGUCUAGCUAAGGAAAUGGUGGAAAACUGUAGGGGCUUACCUCUUGCAAUUGUUGUAUUGAGCGGACUACUUUCGCAUAAAAAAGGGCUAAACGAAUGGCAAAAGGUGAAAGACUGCCUUUGGAAGGACAUUGAAGAAGACUCUUUUCAUGAAAUCUCCUCCAUACUAUCAUUAAGCUACAACGAUUUGUCAGCUACGCUGAAGAAGUGUUUUUUGUACUUUGGUAUUUUUCCAGAAGAUCAAGUGGUCGAGGCUGAUAACAUAAUACGGUUGUGGAUGGCAGAGGGUUUCAUCGUACCAAGAGGAGAAGAAAGAAUGGAGGAUGUCGCUGAAGGCUUCUUGAAUGAACUGAUAAGUCGAAGCUUGGUUCAAGUGGCUCAAACAUUUUGGGAAAGAGUUACUGAAUGUAGGGUUCAUGAUUUACUUCGUGAUCUUGCGAUACAAAAGGCAUUGGAGGUAAACUUCUUUGAUAUUUAUGAUCCAAGAAAGCACUCCAUAUCUUCUUCAUGUAUCAGACAUGCUAUUCAUAGUCAAGGAGAAAGGUACCUGUCACUUGAUCUUUCUAACUUAAAGUUGAGGUCAAUUAUGUUCUUCAAUCGGGAUUUUUGUAAUGUGUUCCAACAUAUAGAUGUGUUUCGACAUCUGUAUGUGUUGUACUUGGAUAUUAAAGAAGGUGGUGUUAUACCUGAUGCCAUAGGGAGUUUGUACCACCUCAAGUUGUUAAGCUUGAGAGGUAUUGAUAAUCUUCCCUCCUCCAUUGGCAACCUCAAGAAUUUACAGACACUUGUCAUUGUCAAUGAGGACGGAUCAUUUUGCCAACUACCCCCCAAUACAGCUAACCUAAUAAAUCUAAGACAUUUAGUUGCUCCGUAUUCAGAGCCUCUGGUACGUAUAAGCAAACUCACUAGUCUUCAAGUUGUUGAUGGUGUUGCUUGUGAUCAGUGGAAAGAUGUUGACCCUGUUGAUUUAGUCAAUCUUCGAGAAUUAAGUAUGCAUUAUAUUAACAAAUCUUACUCCCUAAAGAACAUUAGCAGCUUGAAAAACCUUAGCACUCUCAGAUUGUCGGGUGAGUAUGGCAACUCAUCUCCAUUCCCAUCCCUUGAAUUUGUUAAUUGUUGUGAAAAGCUCCAGAAAUUGUGGUUAGAUGGGGGAGUAGAGAAACUGCCUGUGUUUCCAAAUUCCAUCACAAUGAUGGUUUUUAUAGACUCAAAACUCAUGGAAGAUCCAAUGCCUAUUUUGGGAAUGUUGCCAAACCUAAGGAAUCUCGAAUUAUUAGUAGGAGCUUAUGAAGGAAAAGAAAUAAUGUGCAGUGAUAACAGUUUCAGUCAACUAGAGUUCCUUCGUCUUUAUGAUCUUGAGAAUCUAGAAACAUGGCAUUUAGCCACAAGUGCCAUGCCUCUCAUUAAAAGUCUUGCUAUCAGUCGCUGUCCAAAGCUGAAGGAGAUUCCAGAGAAAAUGAAAGACGUGAAACGUAUUUCAUAAUAGGAAAGAGAAGAAGCUGUCACUUGAAGACAUUCACCUUCAUCAACUUGGCUUAAACAAGCAUCAAUCAAGUUGGAUUAUUUCAACAUUCUGUUUUUUCUUAUGUUUUGGUUUUUCAAUGUUUAAU